ACGUGAUCUGUCCUAGCUUAAUAUGACAAUUUCUAACCUAAUUUUAAAACCACCAACGGAAUUCGAAAUCUAUGUUUUUAUGUGAAGGACUAUCUAACAAUUCGAACAGGAAAAUAUUACAUACGAAAUUACUUGCUGAAAAGCUGUCAUAUACAUAAGUGAAUCUUUCUAGGAGAGGAAGAUCGUAUUUGUACAGUGAACAAUGGAGAUGGAAUGCAAAGAAAUUGCUAUUAGAUCACGUUCACCGAUCACGCAACGUAAAAUUUCAAUUAGAAAUGAUGAAAUGGUUGCAGAAGGUGAAAUUGACGAAAUUAAUCAAAUGCAAUCAAAUUUAUUUGUGCCGCCUGAAGAUACUCGUGGUUUGAUAAAUAUGGAAACUUGUUUGGAAUCUGAUGUAACUUCAAACAAAAUUGACCUUGUUUCUUCACAAUCAGUAAUGAGCAAUGUGGCAUUAUCAGAACAGAUAGUGAAUUGUGCAACAUCAGAAAUAGGAGAUAAUAAAGCUGUGAAUGUCACAGAGACAAGAAAUAUAAAUUUAGAAAGAAUUAGUUCAACAGAUUCUUGCAUCUGUAUGUAUAACUGGUCCUCAGCACCAAGAUUAUUAUGUGCAGCUACUAAGGAAUACCAGUCUACAAACUUGCAUGAGAAUUUUACAAAAGGUUGUCAGUGGUCCCCAGAUGGAACAUGUUUGCUUGUUCCAUCAGAAGAUUUUAGAAUACGCAUUUAUGAAAUUCCCAGAGAAUUGUAUUCUGGCCAAGGUCCAUCUGAUUUCAUACAGACUGGCUUUAUGCCUGCUUUGACUGUUAAAGAGGGAGGUCUUAUAUAUGAUACUUGCUGGUAUCCUUUUAUGAAUUCAUGGGAACCUAUGACAUGUUGCUUUAUUAGUACUAGUAAAGAAAGUCCUAUUCAUUUGUGGGAUGCAUUUACAGGAGAAUUACGUGCGACAUAUCGAGCUUACAAUCAAGUUGACGAAGUAGAAGCAUCUAUCAGUGUUCAAUUUGUGAAUUCGGGAAGGGAGAUAUGGUGUGGUUUCAAGAAUGUUUUGAGAACCUUCGAUACAGAUCGUCCUGGACGUCAGACAAGUGACAUUUAUUUUAAACAUGAUUUUCCAAAUAUGACCGGAUUGGUCUCGUGUAUUCGUGAAAAUCCAAUCAUGCCAGGUCUCGUAGCGUUCGGCACUUAUUCUAAAUGUAUCGGUCUAUAUAAAGACGGACCACUGUGCACUUUUAAAACUGAAAAUGGUGUAACACAAAUUGAAUUUAGUCGUUGUGGGAUGAAGUUGUUUUCUGCUGUACGAAAAAACAAUGAAUUUCUAUGUUGGGAUCUCCGUAAUCCUGGAAAGAUUCUGUAUUCUCUUGAAGGGAGACAAUCAGAUACCAAUCAAAGAAUACAAUUUGCUAUUACACCUGAUAAUAAACAAAUUAUUUCUGGUGAGUUCAAUAAAUAUAAAAUAAUAAGUAAUAGGAAUAUGAUGAAUAAUAUUAAUAUAUUUUCGAUUAAUGUUACGUAUUUCAUAGGUGGUAUUGAUGGAAACAUCAUUGUGUGGGAAUUACCAGAAAUUACAAAUUAUAGUGAAGAAGAUUUGAUGAAUCCAAAAUAUAAAAUAAAACUAUCCAAAGAUUGCAUAAACGGAAUAAGUUUACAUAUGAGUUUACCUAUUGUAGCAACCAGUUCUGGACAGAGACAAUGUGGUAUUGAAAAUAGUACAGAAUACAGAGACAAUAGUGUGAGAUUAUGGUGGGUUUCUUGAUAAUAUAUUCCUAGACUUUUUAUUUACAUGUUAAUAGUUAAUAUAAAACAGUAACUG